AUGCUCCCCUUCCGAACGCCAUGGCGCGGGAUUGCAGCGAGAUGCAGGGGCCGGUUCGCGGGUCUACAUUUGCAUUGCGCUUCUCCGUGCUUCCGCCCGUGGCCAGGGUGGCGGCCAGCAGAUGUGAGUUGCGGCAAGGCAUUGAGGAGACUAUCCACUGCCUCUCAGGGCAAGCCCGAGAGAGUGCAGAUGGCCUUGCGAACAGCUGGUGGUGUCCUGAUUUUUUUGGGAUUUGAUGCAUCUGUGCGAUGGGUCAUCGAUACAUCUGGAAUGAGUAUGCUACCUUCACAAAUUUGCAGUAUGCUCAGCGCCUUCGGAGGCUUGUCUGUGGCGCACUUGAUAUCUCCGACUGGAACUGCUACCGCGCACCAAGCCCUACUGCCAGCUGUGGCGUGGGUGGGCCGUUGGCUACCGGUGUUUCUGGUGCCAGUGCAAGUGAUGUUGCCCACCAUCAUUUUCCCAGGAGGCGCCGCCGAAGCCACUGGACUGGCGGUGCUGCUUGGUGCUGGCUGGUUCUCAGCUGUGGCCCUGGGAGCACGGCUGGUGAGUUUGCUAGCAUCUCGAUCUGUGUGCACGGCCGCACCCGCAGCUGCAAAGUCGGCUCCAAAAAUGGGUUUGUGGCUUCCUUUCACGUGGUUAACAUGUGCCGCUCUGGUGGCACCUUUCGGGGUCUUCCCCGACCUCCAGUCAGAUCCACUGGAUGCCGAGUGGGCCAGGGGUCUUCGGGGCUUGAGCUUGGCGUCCGUGGGCGUGGGGAGUUACGCCCUGGCCAUGCGGCAGGGUCUGCCGGGGCAUCUCUGCUUCUUGGCCAAUGGUGCUGCCACCAUUGCGGCUGCGGCUACCAUGGCGGCUGCGCGGCACGAAAGCUACAGCCAGGUUGUGAAACGUGACUACUUAGUUGGACCUUCCGGACCCGCUGGCUCCGGAGAUUGGCUGUUAUGGUGUCUGGGGCCGGCCCUCGUGUCCACAGGAGUGCAGAUGUUCCAAUAUCGUUCCCGCAUCGUGGACCUCAGUAAGGUGUUGUUCAUCAGCUCAGCAGUGGUCUCGUUGAGCAACAUCCUGGGAACCGUGCUGGCAGGGCCGCUGCUGGGAAUUUCUCCGGAGGUGACCUUAGCGGCCACCAUGAGGUGUGUCACGAUUCCCAUGGCGCUGCCCACCUAUGAUCGCCUGUGCCAAGCAAGUGGUGCGGAGAACAACGUGGCAUUGGUGGCGCUCUGUGCAGGCCUCUCAGGCUUCAUCGGGUUUGGCUUUUCGCAGCGCUUGCUCUCCUCCGUGGUCUGCCAAGCUCCAAUGGAUCCCGUGGCCCGUGGCAUCGCCACUGGUGCUGCCGGGCAUGCCCUUGGCGCUGCCUGCCUUGUGGCCUCCGAACCCGAGGCCUUCGUGUGGGGCAUGCUGGCUAUGGCUGUAUCUGGAGUUGCCUCGGCUGCGUGGAUUUGCGCGUGUCCACCGGUUCGUGAGCUUGCGGUGUCCUUGGCUUACAGAAACAGUCCAAAGGACGUUGCGGAUGAGAACUCCACAGAGGAGUCAGAUGCCAACACCAGCACCACGACGUCGAUGACGGUCUCCAGUAGCUCCACUGCCAGCAUGACUGCCACGUCCACCAUGGUGACAAGCACCAGCUCCUCCACCUACAGUGGCACAUCAACAUCGACCACCAGCCACAGUCUCACUAUCACUUCGACAUGGUCGACUACGACCAGUUCCACCUCCACCCUCACUGCAAGUACCACCUCCAAUUUCACCACCACCACUGGAACGACCACAUCAAGUACCAAUACCACCAUGACCAUGACAUCCACAACAUCAAUGACCACCACUGGAACGCGCACAACAUCAACUGUCUCCAGUAGCAGCACAUCAUCCACUACAUCAAGCUCAUCCACAACCACACGAGUGUACAAGCUCUACAUUGAGGAGGCCGAGCUUUUUCCUACUUACCUCAAUGUUUCCUUCAACCAUCCAGCCAGGAGAGCAACGCCUGAAGAACUUGCUCAAGGUGAACGUGAGAUGUUAGCUGCCCAGAAGCGUUUAGAUGAAGAAAAUGGAACAAGGGAUGAAAAACCAAUAGAGGAUGUCAAAGAGCCUGAAGGAACUGAUAGCUUUGAGUCCCCCAAAGCCUCCCAAAGGGUGAAAGAAGCUGAGGGAAGUGAGGAAAAGCAUGCAGGUUCCCCGAAGUCCUUUGCACCUCCGUUACCUGUCCAGGAUGCCCCUCAGGUGAAGCCAGCAGAGACUAAGGUGACACCAAGCGCAUCUCCUGCUCAGGUGAAAUCAGAACCGAAGACGCCAGCACCUGCUCUUGGGACGCCUUCUGAAUCUCAUGGAGCUGUUGUUCCAGCCGUGAUGGACGUGAAUGCGCCGAAGGUGGAACAGAAUGUGCAGGUGGUCCCAAUGGUGGAACAGAAUGUGCAGGGUGGGAACCUGUUGAAGCGAGAUGGCUUCAUUGCCCACAUCUACUCUGGUGAGCCUCAUGGAUUCACUCUUGCCCGAGCUUGGAAGCAACAAGGUGGAGUUCCAAGCCAUUUGCUGGAGAUUGAUAUCAAAAAUGGUCAGGGGCACGACAUGCUUCUUGAGGAGGAGAACCAAGUCACUGAGGACGACAUCUUGCUGUGGCGUUUUCUCUUUCUUUGGAUGGAAAUCAAGGAGGAGCCAACCACAAUGGCUGGCACUUUGGAUCUGAACUUUGAAGCCUACGGCCAUCAAGUCCUCUGCAGAACUGUCGCGGUGGGCACCUGGAACUAUGGCCAUGGCAAACAUCCUCUUGGUGGACAAAACUCCAUCGACACCACAGGGCCGUUUAUCCGAGCUCACGACGUUGGUGGAUACAAAGCUGCCUACAUCCUGCUGGGUGCCCUCACUUGGACCGUGCCAAAAGAUUCAAUGCUAAAAAAAGAAGAGAAGAAGUUGGAGAAUUUGAAGAAGGAGCACCAAACUUCGAUGCAAAGAAAGAAGAAGAAGCUCCGAUACCAAUUGAAGAUCAAGCCCUUGUGCUUGCGAGCUGAUGGGCAAGGGCAUGAAUUUCAAGGGCACUUCAAACAAUGGUGCCGUGAGAGGGGUAUCCAUCUCACACGAACCCCGGGGGAUGAUCCCCGCAGCAACGGCCGCGCAGAGACAGCCGUGAAAUCAAUCAAAACUCAGAUACGCCGUAUCCUUCUUCAAGCUGGUGCUGAAGCAAAGUGGUGGCCUUGGGCAACACGCUAUGUCAACGAGCUGAAUCGAGCUGCCAAACUUGGCAACCGGCCUGAUUGGCCUCUCUUCCUGGCGUGCGCAAAAGAAAGUGGUGUCGUGGAGGAAAGUGAGGAUGAAGUUCAAAGGGAAGAAGAAAAGAAAAAGCGAGUGCAUCUUCUUCGAAUGAUUGAAGAGGAGAUGCGCACCAUGGUCGACGAUGACCCUGAGCUUGCACUUGAAGAAUUGAAGAUUUUGGGAAGUUUGAAGAAAAUGGCGGUUUUGCCAAACCAAGAAGAGGAGAUCUUGCAGACACGAAUUGUGUCGCCAAAGGAGGUUUCAGAAAAUUGGGAGGAGUGGCUGCCUGCCAGCAAAAGUUCUCCUGGAAGCAGUCAUCCAGAAGAUACUGUACAAGAAACUUGGACUACGUGGGUGCCAGAGCCCGUCUCUGAAAGCCCUACGCAUUUCCUUGGAAUGGAGCUCACCAAGUUCUACAACGAAAAGAUCCAGCGUGAUGUGUGGAUGCUGACACAACAGAGCUACACUCUGGACAUGGUUCAAAAGGAGGAUGAGAAAGUGAAGCUAAAGAAGAUUCCGCUAUCAAGGGAUCAAGCUGCGAUGGAGCCAAAAGAAGAAUCCCCGUCGAUUGAGAAGGUUCGUCUGGCGCAAAAAGUAGUUGGAGAAGCGCUAUGGCAAACCACAAGAGCUCGUCCAGAUCUCAUGUACGUGGUCUCCAGAAUGGGAUCAGCUGUGACUCGUGCUCCUGAGGCUGUGAUCCAAGCAAGCAACCAACUCAAGGGAUACCUUUCAACCACAGCCAAUGAUGGACUGAAGUUUGAAGUUGAAGAAGGCGAAAACCCAAUCUUGACAGUCUUCGCAGGUGCUUCAUCUGCACCUGACUCUGAGGAAAGCCAUGGCUCCUUCGUUGUCCUUUUGGGCUCUUCUCCAGUUUUUUUUGAGAUCAUCGAGGGCAUGGUGGCUGGUGAAAGCAUCCAUGUGAUCUUACAAGAACUUUUUCCUGAUGCUCCCAAGGUCCUGAAGACCGACAACAUGCCGGCCUUAUCAAUCCUGACGGGUGACGGUGGCAGUUGGCGCACACGUGAGUUCAUGGUGGCUGACAUUGGAACGAAGCCACUGACUGCAGCGCGUUUUGACGGCGAGCUGGCCAACAAAGAAAAGAAGCGCCUGGCAGAAACAGCUCAGGUCCUACGGCUGAUCACCUUGGCUGCGUCAAUUGCAGUCGCCAAAGCGGAGGAAGAGAAAGGAGCGGAAGAAGCAUUUUCUUUUGAAGCCAUUUUGAUCUACACCUUGGUCAUCAUCAUUUUCACCUUGGCCGUGCGGCGACUCUGGGAUGCAGCAGUACGGGGGGUUACGUUCAUGCAACAGCGUGUUGUGGCUCAACCUGGAAGUCUCCCCAUGAAAGCUGCGAAGAACGAAAAGAAGGAGGUCUCCCAAGGAGAUCUGCCUAGCUCUUCGUCAGGGCCGAGCUCAAGUGAUGUUGUCCGAGCUCCACAAGAUGCUCCGCUGCCAGCUGAGUCAAUCAAUGUGGCUCCGCAACCAGAAGAAGCACAAUCAUCAAACCCACGAACAGCAGUUGAUCUCCAAACAGCGUUGGAACUCCUACGAGCGCAUGAUGCAUCGAUGGUGGAUUACGAAAGGGAGUGGAAUGAGAUUGAAGCAGAAGAACGAAGGGUGCGCAUAGAGCUCGAUCAAGCUCUUCCUGGCGAUCGUCUGCUGGGGCCUGCGACUUCGUCACAACAGCCAUCUCCUCUCCCUGAGAUUCCCUUCGAAGUGAUCACAACACGAUAUGGCACCGUGUACCAUUCCAACCAAAACUGCAGGUAUUUGACCGCACCUAUGGCUGGAGCUGCAAAGAUUCAUAAUUGGCGUGCGACAUGUCGAAUGGAAGCGGCCCAGACUGGAAUAAUUCCUGGGCGUGGUGCUGCUGUGCUGAUGGUUGGAUGGCGCAUUGACUUCCACACCGACAUCAUGCGCGUUCAUGCUGAGGCUGCUACUGUAGCUACUCUUACUCAAGCUUCUGGCGAAAACCAGCUGCUGCGGAACUUCGUGGACGACGAGGUCGGAAGCUUGGUGGUGGAGAACCUGGUAAUGACCUUUGGGACGGAAAGCACUUGCACAUUGUCAGAUGAUCGCAGAUCCCUGCAGGUGAUGCUUGGGAAACUGGCACGCGUCAAAGUGGGGGAUGAGGUACGGAUGAAGUAUGGCAUUCUCCUGGUGGAUGACCGCAUUGUGGUCGAGCCCACCGAGCUCUCCGCCAUCACCAUGACCCGCGCAGUGCUGGUCCCGCUGCACGCGGUGCUGUUGGCGGCGGACGCGGUGCAGGCGUGUUCCAACGUGACGGUCUCCUUGGCGGCUUCCACCGGCUUUGCACGACGUGCACCCAUCAUUGAGUGGUCACUGGGCAACAACACGGACGAGAUGUUGAGAGCUAUGUUGCAGCCCACAUUGAAUGACGCAAAUGCCAUCAUGUCGCAGAUCCUGCAGAUUCCAGCGCAAAUCUUCUCCGACGCCAUCUCUGAAGUGCUGGACUUGGAGCCAGAGGCUGGAGCCUCUGAGAAAUUUCUGGAGUUGGAAGUGGCGGGAUCCAUCAGCAAUUGGCAAUCCCAAGGUGCUGAAGUUUCCGCCCAGCUGACAGUCUUGGAUGUGCGGACACCGUUGCUUCAGAUCGUACCAGCAUCCUUGAAGGAAUUCAACAUCUCCAAUUUUGAGGAGGUCGAGAUGGAGGUGGAUAUCUUCCAGCACGUUCGAUGUUUCAACUAUUCGAGCACUGCCAAAGACAGCAGUGUGCUGAUGGUUCAGUGGGAGUAUUUGCUCCUGAAUGACACGAUAUGUAUGGAGGAAGUGCCGCGGUGGAUGGACACCUCCAGCAGCAGCGAAAAUAUGAGCAAUGACAGUAAUGGUUCCAAUGACUCGAAUGACUCAAACGACUCCAGCACUUCCAGCAGCUGGAACGAUUCCAAUGAUUCCAAUGACUCAAAUGCCAGCAACAUGUCCGACACCAUCAUGAUCGCCAGACCGUGCGUGAAGGCCAUUUGGCAGCCGCUGGAGAACACCUCCUUCCGCGAUGAGAACCCGCGCCCGGGAUCCUUGCGCCUGCCGGCCUUUAGCUUUCAGCCGGGAUCCGGCAGUCAUCAGUUCAGAGCCGUCGCGACUUUUCAGGGGUACGAUGGCCGCAAGCCCUCUGUGAUAUUUACUGUCAACGUGCAAGAGCGGAGCAGGCCGGUGGCAAUCAUCACAGGCCCCUCGGAAGUCUCUGCAGCCUGUCCUUUCAACCUCAGUGCACAUGAGUCCUACGAUGCUUCAGUGCCGAAGGAAGAUCCCAGUCGCUUGGAAUUUUCCUGGUCCUGCUUCGUGGGUGUCUUGACGGGACUCAACGAAACUGAACAGCUGGAUGCACAGGAGUGCAACCUGAGCAGCAGCAUCGAUGACUGGAGAGAGCAGCCCACACUGGAGAUGGAGGGCGAUGUACUGGAAGAAGGAGACUACACCUUCAUGGUCAAGGUGCGCCCCGUCCGAGAUGUGCCCAAUGGCACCCUUGCUGAGCUACCAGGGCCACAAGGGCCACCGCCACCACACCCUGCACCGCCGCCGCCGCAGCCCACAGGUGAGGCCUGGUGGGUGAUGCGCCUCGGUCGCCGGCGGCUGCCACUGGUGGUGCUGCGGAUGCCAUGGGACGACGGCGAGGACGUGUCGAUGCUGGGCCCGGAGGGCCCUGCCGUGGCCCAAGUCUCAGGCACCGCGACCUGCCCGGUGCCUUUCGACUGGAGGUGGCACUGGGUGCUGACGCAACAGGGACGGAUCCUGGCAGCAUUGAAAACCACAGUGCAAUCUUUGGGCACUUCUGUGGAAGUCUCGAGCCAUGACUUUCGUGGAGAUCUGCUCCAUCCAAGACAGUCCUACAGAUAUGCACUGGUGGCUACUUCCGAGGUACACCAGGCACCCAGCGGCCUGCUUUCCGAGCUGCCGAAGGCACUGGUCCUGGAGUCGGUUGCCUUCGUGGCCAAUGCACCGCCGAGGGAUGGGCUGUUGGAGCUCGUGCCACUGUCGGGGGAGGGGCUGAUCACGCCCUUUGCGGUGAACACCUUUGGGUGGGCAGAUGAAGCAGAAAAGCUGCUGAGCUAUUCUUUCGUCCGUUUUCCCUUCGAGUCCUCCCGAAUCUCCGCGGAUGGAUCUGGUGGCAUUACCUUUCAGAACGGCUUCCAAUGGUCCGUUCCAAAGAUCGAUUGGCAUAAUGCCUCCAGCCCCAUGUACUUCCGCAAGCAGGGAGGGCUCACACUCCAAACCUGGGACAGCAGCAGCAGGGUCUCCGAUUUGCUGAUGGCUGUGGGAUCCUACUUCAUCAUGGUACGUGCCAGGGACUUGCAGGGUGGUGAGGGCACUGCAGCUGUGUUGGGCCCUGUGGUGGUUGAGCCAGUGAAUGGCAGCAACGGAAUGACUGUCUUGGAGGCCAGCUACACCGCACGCGAUGCGGAACGGAUCAUGAACACCGUGGAUGCGCUGCUGGCAUCUGAAACGGUAGAAUGGGACGCGUCUCCCACUGCAUCCCUACUGGAUGCCCUGGAGGUUGCAACCAGCAUCCUUGAUCCUAGACCAGAAGCUCUGGAAAAAAUGACGCAGAUUCUGGUGUCUACGGUUGGUGGAGGUGGUGGAACUGCUGGCAUUGUUCAAAAUAAGGCGGAACUCGAUCGAGCCGCGAAUAUCUUGGACAACUGCUUAAAUUUGGCUGUGGCAAGCCCUGAGAACGGCGUCGGAUCUGUGGUGGCCGUUGCAAUGCUGGAGGCUUUGUCCACUUUCAACGAAGGGGGACGGCUUGGGAGUUUGGAGCCCAGUGAAGAGUCAACUAGAUUCACUGAGAAGAUGGAUCGCCUCGCAUCCAAAGUUGCCACUGCAGCUCACGCCAAGCUGGCAGUUGGAGACUCGAAGUUCCUAAGCGGUGCAGGAGUUCCCGGUCGGGUUCCCAAUGAACCUCCCAGCGGGGUGAACUUGCAGCUGAUCUCCAGUGCGAAUUCGGUUUUGGUCGACAGUGGCCUCGACAUGCCGCGACUCUUCAUGCCCCCCAACCUGCUGCAGCCAAGCCCUGGCCACCCGAGCCCUGGUCACCCUGGUCACCGACGCCUUCAAGCUUGUGAUGUGGCCAUCACGGCCACCUACUGGCUGAGAAGUAAUCCCUACACUUGGGCCAGCAGUUCCAAGGGGAUGAACCAAUACGUGACUGCAGAUACUACGGUGGGGGUCCUGGAGUUUGAGACCUGCGGCAUGCCGCUGGCUUUUAACGAGAGCAUACCUGAAAGAACCCUUCGAUUCAGGCGCAUCACAUUGCCCGCACGCCGUGCGCCAAUGCGUGGCUUUGAGUGGGAUGUGGCCUGUGCUCGGUGGUCGCCCCUGGAGCAAGCCUGGGUCACCGGCGGCGUGGAGGUCCAGCGCCCCGUCUACUGGGACGACGUGGAGGUGGCCUGCGUGGUCUACGCGGUGCCCGACGGCAACGGCACGGCCUUCACGGCCUUCUUCGUUCCUGUGGAGAUCAGCACCACAACCACCACGGUGGAGUGGACCUACCCGACCUACACCACCUUUGAGAUCCCUCCGCUGCCUCCGGUCUACGUGAUUUCCUGCAACUCGUCCCUACUGCCAGAGCCACCCUUGGGGUCAAGCUGGAACUGCACCAAACCUGGUGAAGGACAGGAAUGCCGAGCAGUUUGUGAGGGCUUCCCUGACCAGAUCACCAGCGUCACUUGCCUCAAGGGUCAGUCCUCCCUGGAGUGGUUCGUGACCAACGUCUGUCCGCUCUUCACCACGAGCACGCUGGAUAUGACCAUCGACCGGCCCUCGGAGAACGCCAUUCUGGGCUCGGUGUUAGUCUUUGUUUUCAUCAUCAUCUUCUGCUGCAGCUUCGGGAUUUGUGCGCUCAUGGCCUAUGGUCUCUACAAGUUCACAAUGAACGAAAAGUCCAAAAGCCGCAUCAGUUCAAUGCAGCCGCAGCCGGUUGAGGAGGAGGAGGAAGAAGAGGAUGUGGUUGAUCCCGCUUUCAUGGAUUGGGCAAAGCACUGGGCUGAAAACCCCACCGUUCAGAGUGCCGUGCUCGAAAGAAAGCUGAAGGCCAAGUCGCAGGAGCACUUGGAGGCAGCCGUCCCGCAUGAGUCUCCUGCUGAGGAUGCGAAGGCGACGGCAUCCUCCGCGUUCACGAAAACGGUCGAAUUGGAAUUCCACGAGUAUUGGAAGUCAGAGCUGGAAGGCAUUCUGUUCUCCAACCAGAUCCCAUUGGAUGCUGAAGGUCGGCUCUACUGGGUGGUGAACAGCGUCUGGGAAAUUCUGCAGGUGAAGGAUCUACAGAGUUUACACCAGGUGAACUUCCCAUUGACCGUGAGAAUGCAGGAGUCACCUCCGCAAGUGGAAAAGGCUGAAGGCUUCUACUUUUGGCAGGUGGAAUGGGGAGCAUUGAAAGGUCCAGCCAAUGCAACAAAGAAAGAUGACAUGGAAUUUGAUGCUCCGGACGAAGAGAAAAUCGAUGGCAUCGUUCCAGAACUGUCACAAAGACAACAGGAGCACGAGGAUUUGAUGAAGAAGUGGAAGGAGCAAAAGGCGCAGGAUCGCUUGCGACAGACUGCAGAUCCAUCAGCUCCAGGAGAUAAGGCCAAAAGUCCCAAGACACCAGGAAAGAGCCAUGGCUAUCCACCAGCCCUGGCCCCAAGUUCGCCAAGCUCGCCCACCUUGGAUCUGGGGGUUCAGACAGUCCGAGACCUUGGUAUUUGGCGGUGGGUGCUGGGUCAUGGGGCUUUUUCAUCUGAAUUCAUGGUGGGAUACCGGUUCACCUCCACAGAGGAGAUGGGGAUAACUACGAAGCAACAAGAACGAGGCAUGCAGCGUAUGUGUACUGUAUAUACACCCUUGCCUGACCCUUGCCUUCACAUUUUCCAUUGGCAACAUUCCACGUUGACAUGUGGUAACCACACCUAA